AAUUUUAUAAAACCAGAAUCAAAACAAUAAUCAGGAAUUGAGAACUUAUUGUUCUGAUCCUUGAAUAGGAAAAGUUGGUUUUGGUCUAAUUCAGCUCGUUGGCCACGUCUAUUUGAUGGAAUUGAGAGGGUCGAUUUUCACAGUUCUAGCACACUUUCUUAUUCAAUUUGAUUUCUAUCCCAACCAAAUUAUACUGUCGAGCUUGAAUUAUCGUUUCUAGUCCCAAUCUUCAAAAACGCGAGGAGAGAGAGGGAACAUGGAAAGCACCGGGUGGCCUUGACCGUGUUUGUGUGUCCUGUUACCAGCCAAUGCCGCAUUCUCUAUAUUUCCAGCAAAGGAUAUUAAUUCAUUAUUCAAUGAUUAUGAACCGUAACUGGGCUUUCAAAACAUUAUCUAUAAUGUUAAAUCAUUUUAUCAGAAUGUAGAAACAUGCUGUUUCAUUCCAUGAUAAGGAAGAGAACUAAUGACAUUAGCACCACCCGCCAUCGGCGGUUAAGCCUAUGGCAAAACUGCACUAAUCUUCGCUGUUUAAAACAAAUUCAUGCUUCCCUUAUCACUAAAGGCUUCAAUUCAUGCUCAUCCGCCUUAAGGGAGCUCAUAUUUGCCUCCGCGGUUGCUCUUUCUGGCAGCAUAGACUAUGCCCACCAAAUGUUCGCUCAAAUUGCCGAACCGGACAUCUUUAUGUGGAACACUAUGAUGAGAGGCUCAGCUCAAAGUCAAAAUCCUUCAAAAACAAUUCUACUCUAUUUACAGAUGGAAAGUCGUGGUGUAAAGCCUGAUAAGUGCACGUUUUCUUUCUUGCUUAAGGCUUGUACUAGGCUCGGAUGGAGAAAUACAGGUCUUUGUAUUCAUGGGAAGGUUGCCAAAUAUGGGUUUGAAGAAAAUAUGUUUGUAAGGAGUACCCUUAUCCAUCAUCAUGCUAAAUGUGGAGAUUUGGGAAUAGCUAGAUCAAUUUUUGAUGAUUUCACCGAAAGGGAUGUUGUUGCUUGGUCUGCUUUAAUUACAGGUUAUGCAAGGAGAGGGCAGUUGACAAUAGCAAGGCAGUUGUUUGAUGAAAUGCCAAUGAAAGAUUUGGUUGCUUGGAAUGUGAUGAUUACAUCAUAUGCUAAGAUAGGGAAGAUGGAGUGUGCAAGGAGACUCUUUGAUGAGGUUCCUAAAAGGGAUGUUGUCACCUGGAAUGCAAUGAUUGCAGGGUAUGUGCUUUGUGGGGAGAAUGAGCAAGCAUUGCUAAUGUAUGAGGAGAUGAGAAGCGUGGGAGAGCGACCAGAUGAGGUCACUAUGCUGAGUCUUUUGUCCGCCUGCGCAGAUUUAGGAGAUUUGGAGGUUGGCAUGAAGGUGCACAUCUCAAUUUUGAAAAUGAGCUCAGGAGAUCUGAGUGUCUUACUUGGGAAUGCACUUAUAUACAUGUAUGCUAAGUGUGGAAGUAUUGAGAGAGCACUUGAAGUGUUCAGAGGGAUGAGGGAGAAAGAUGUUUCCACAUGGAAUUCAGUUAUAGUAGGUUUGGCAUUUCAUGGCCAUGCUGAGGAGUCGAUCAAUUUGUUUGCAAAGAUGCAGAAGUCGAAAAAUUUCUGCCCAAAUGAAAUCACUUUUGUUGGAGUGCUAGUUGCUUGUAGUCAUGCUGGUAAAGUUAAAGAGGGGCGUCAAUAUUAUAAUCUUAUGAAAGAUGAUUAUAAUAUAGAGCCAAAUUUAGGGCACUAUGGGUGUAUGGUGGAUCUUUUAGGGCGUGCAGGGCUAUUGAAUGAUGCAUUUGAGUUCAUAGAAAAUAUGAAGAUUGAACCUAAUGCUGUAAUUUGGAGGAUUCUGCUGGGGGCUUGUAGAAUAUAUGGAAACGUUAAGCUGGGCAGGCAUGCACAUGAGAAACUACUUGAAAUGAGGAGGGAUAAGAAGGGGGAUUAUCUGUUACUUUCCAAUAUAUAUGCUGCAUUAGGUGAGUGGGAUGGGGCUCAGAACGUGAGGAAGUUAAUGGACAAUAGUGGAGUGAGGGAAAAGCCUGGCUGUAGCCUAAUUGAAGCAGAUGAAAGUGCUCGUCUGCCAUUUUUGUUUGAUUCUGAAUACAAGUUAAAUUUGAGAAAUCAAAUACCAUGUGCUGUAUCUUGGUAAGAAAUGCUCUCAUGUCACUCUCUUUCAUGCUAAUGGCUUGGUGCAUCAAACCAAUAGUAAUAUGCUAAUUAUAAUAUUCAAAUAAAAAUAAAUACAAUUCAACUAUUCUUGUAAGUACAAUAUGUGGAUAAAAGAUAACAUCAUGGUCGUAUUCAUUUGCCUUUGAGAGGGCAUUUUCUAUCUGUUCUGGUAGUCCUUCAAAGUUGUUUAUU